UUGCGCGGGUACGGGGGGCAGGUGAGGUGGCUGAGGGUGGUGUACGCGGCGUUCGAGGAGUACGCGGGUGACGCGGAGCGGCUGGUGACGCGGCCCGAGUCGGACCCGGACCGGUUCGACUACGUGGAGGGGUUCGCGUUCGUGAACGGGCCCGACCCGGUCAACGGCUGGCCCUCCGUGCCGAUCCCGGCCGGGUGCGGGUCCCGGUUCGACCCGGACCGGAUCCCCCCCGACUCGGGCCCGGUCCUCUACUGCCUCGAGCUCGCCCUCCACUACGACCACCGCGACCGCGACAACGUCGACGAGAGAAUUGGGAACAUGCUGCGCCCGCUCCGACACGUGCGGGGGCUCGAGUUCGCGGCGGACGUGUCCUACGUGGACUUCCUCUCACGUGUGAACUGCGCCGAGGAGGAGGCCCGGGCGAACGGGACCUGGGCCGCCCCGCACCCGUGGCUCAACCUCCUCGUGGCCGCACGCGACAUUCCCGGGUUCGAUCGCGAGGUGUUCAAGCGCGUGCUCAGGAAGGGCAUCGGCGGGCCCAUGCUCGUGUACCCGCUAGUGAAGAGCAAGUGGGACCCACGGACGUCGGUGGCGCUGCCGAAUAGCGAGGUGUUCUACCUGGUGGCGCUGCUGCGGUUCACGCGGCCGUACCCGGAGGGCCCCACAGCGGAGGAGCUGGUGGCGCAGAACCGCGAGAUCAUCCGCAUCUGCCGAUCCAACGGCUACGAUUUCAAGCUCUACCUCCCCCACUACGACACCCAGUCCGAGUGGGCCCACCACUUCGGCGACGGAUGGCCCAGAUUCGUCGAGCGCAAGGCCCGAUACGAUCCGAUGGCCCUCCUCGCCCCGGGCCAGAAGAUCUUCCCCCGGGCCCACGCGCCGCCGCUGGGCAGCUGAUCCCCCCACGGAUCACGGCCGUUCGCCUCGACCGCGACGGUCCUGAUGCGACGAUGAUGGUGCCCCCGCGAUUAGGUAAUGGUCGAUGAGGAUAAUGUAUAUGGGUUGUGGGGUGGGGUUGAAAAGGCGAUGAAAAAGCCUUCAUGGUGGGUUGGGUGAUGAUGAUGAUUCUCCCUGCAAUCUUUUCUUCUUUUCUCUCUCUCUCUCUCUCUCUUUCUCUUUUCUUUUAAAUUUUCUUCUUCUUUUUUUGGCUAAUUCUAUAUGGCCCCAAAUGCCAGUUGUAUUUCUUUUUCA